AUGGAGUCAUACAACCUCAAAACUGCAUCGACAUACAUCAACAACCUGCUGCUGUCGCGGGGGUUGUUGCGCAAUGGCAAGCCCAUUGAGUUUGCCCACCCGUCCAGGGGAGAGGGCGGGAAGGAAGCCACCAUGGCCCAGAUUAUCAAUUUGAUCCACGAUCUAAUACUAAAGCGCGAUCGCGACCAAGAAUAUCGUGAGUCCGUCGCUGAGACGCUGCGAAAUCUGCGCGCGGAUGCGACGCGCCAGACGGCCGCCCUUGAGAAGCAAUAUGCACGCAAUGACGACCUGUCGCGGCAACUCUCCCUCGCCCAGGCCCAGGAACAGUCGGCACGCAAGGCUCUACACACAGCUGAAUCAUCUGCACGAAAGUUGCGUGCAGAAAUGCAGCGACUCAAAACGACCGUGGAUCAAGUACGCACAACUUGCACAAACGACGUUCGGAAGCGCGACAGGGAGAUUGUGAGGCUAAAGAGCCAUUUGACAAGUCAACAGAGGGGCAACAAGACUGGUCUUGUCGGUGCGAGCAUCACAAUCAACCCAGGCACCAUGGGCUUGGGUGGGGCUACAAGCAGCGUGCGUGAGGAUGUGCCCAAUGUCGACGACCCCGAAUAUAGCCUGAAGCAGGAGACAACUGAAUUUUUGACACACCUCAGUCAAAGCUUAAGCGACGAGAACGAUAGUCUUAUUGGGCUUGUACGAAGCACACUUUUGACGCUGAAGGAGCUGCAAGGCAUGUCGGAACAAAACGCAAGAGCCGACUCGGAAGAGGGAUCUGACUUUGGCGAAAACGAUGACAACGAUGAGGGCACAGGACAAGGCAUGUUGCACACGCUACCUACCAACUAUGAGGCCUUGGCAGAUGACAUGGACACGGUGCUGGACAACUUGAAGAACCUACUCACAAAUCCAAACUUUGUGUCAGUGGAAGAGGUGGAGCUGCGCGAAGAGGAGAUUCACAGGCUACGCGCAGGGUGGGAGAAGAUGGAGGCCCGAUUGCGCGAGUCCUUUAUGCUCAUGGACUCUUGGAGGAAGCGCAUGACCAAUGGCGACACCAUCGAUCUUGAGGAGCUUAGAAUGGGCCUAGGAUUUGGACAAGGGCUGGACACAUCUGACAGGCAAGGCAUCCCCAUCAUUGAGGAAGAAGAAGAGGACGAGGAUGAGGAUGAAGCCGCCAGUUCAGUCUUCGACGAGGAAGUAGAUGAUACAGAUGUCCCACAAGAAGACGAGGACGAGCAAAGCGAAGUCGAGCAUGAGCCUUCACCGGAGGUAGAGGACAUGGCGCCAAAGAAGAAUAGCGCCGACAUGUUCAAGAUCAAGCUGCAACCCACUCCAGCAGCGCUACGAGAGUCCAAUGGUAACAAGUCGCUAAGCCGAUCGCCGCGAAAAGUUGCCUUCUCACCAUCUAUCCCCAACACGCCAUGUCAGGUGGAAGAUGAGAAUGCAGAGGAGUCUGGGAUUGACCUGGUAGGUGCGGAGAAGUCGAGUCGCUCCAGCUCGGCAGUCAAGCCACCUACUUCUGAAGAACGGGCACCAAGGCGGAAAAGUCGAGAUGAUCGCACACCCCGAAGCACUAGAAAACGCCUAUCGAGUCCACGGGCACACCCUGAGGAGCCGUCGCCGAAGCUAACUGUGCAAGACAAACUGCGAGACGCCUCGGAAGCGGCCGCUGCAGCCGAAGUCGAGAAGGCUGCCAGCCCCACCAAGAAAACCGACAACAGGGGCGAAAUGAUCAAUGAGGAUACGGGCAAGCGCGCACCUCGGUCUGCAACCAAGUCCAGGGUUGGUGGUCGACCGCGAAGAAGAAAGAGCACCCUUACGGCGGACGAGCUAGCGAAUCUUUUGGGUUGCUGA